AUGUUUUCAAUUAAGAGGAAUCCUGUGCUGGCGUACGUGUUAUUUGUGCUGCUGGACUGUUACUGGGAAGCUGUGUCCGGACAGCUUUCCUAUUCCAUUUCAGAAGAGGUGAAUACGGGGACUUCUGUGGGAAAUAUAGCCAAGGAUCUAAACCUCAGUGUAAAUGAUCUGGAGUCUCGUAUGUUUCAGAUUGUUACCGGAUCAAAGAGAACAUUUUUCGAGGUAAAUCUUAAGACUGGUAUUCUCUUUGUCAAUGAUAGAAUAGACAGAGAGGAGCUCUGUGCGAAGGCAACAAAAUGCACGAUGAGCGUAGAGGCUGUGAUAAAUUCCCCAUUAAAGCUUUAUCGUUUAGAAAUAAACAUUCUGGAUGUGAAUGACAAUUAUCCGUCUUUCAGUACCAGUUCGCAGAGUAUUGAGAUACCAGAAAACACAUUACCUGGGGCCAAAUUCCUUGUGCUAUCGGCCUAUGAUGCAGACGCAGGGAAGAAUGGUAUCAGUACGUACAAGCUAAAUACAAAUGAUCAUUUUGCAUUAGCAGUGAACAAAGGCGAUAGUGUGUCUGCUGAGCUCGUUCUCCAGAAACCUUUAGACCGAGAAAAACAGCCUGUAAUUAAACUUACGCUGACCGCUGUGGAUGGCGGCACACCUCCGAAAUCUGGAACAUCAGAGAUAAUAAUAAACGUCUUAGACACCAACGAUAACAUCCCAGUAUUUACCAAACCAUUGUAUAAAACGAGUAUUACUGAGAAUGUACCGGUUGGUGCUUCAGUUAUAACAGUAACGGCAUCAGACGCCGAUGAAGGGCCAAACGGGGAGAUUUCAUAUUCACUGAGCAGCAAAGAUCAAGAUCAUAUUUUGGAAAUUUUUAAAAUUGAUGAACACACAGGUUUGUUGACAGUUAUGGGGAAGAUUGACUAUGAAGAGCACCUUGCUUUUGAAAUCCGCGUGACAGCUAGUGACAAAGGCUCCCCUCCAAUGGCAGCACAGUGCAAAGUACUAAUAGAGGUGGUGGAUCUAAAUGAUAAUGCCCCAGAAAUAUUUGUAACAUCGCUGAUUAAUGCCGUGAAAGAGGAUGAAAAAAUAGGUACUGCGGUUGCACUUGUGUCAGUCGUGGACAGAGAUGGAGGUAAAAAUGGAGUAGUUCGUUGUGAUAUUAAAAAUGACAGCCCCUUUAAAUUAGAAACAAAUUACAAAAAUUACUAUUCCUUGGUGGUAGACGGAGAGCUAGAUAGAGAGAGUGCUUCACACUAUAAUAUCACCAUCACAGCUACAGAUGAUGGGACCCCUGCUCUCACGAGCAACAGCGACCUUACAGUUUAUAUUUCGGAUGUCAAUGAUAACGCUCCUCGUUUUUCAGAAACAUUGAUCAAUAUUUCUUUAAAGGAGAACAGUCCAGUUGGAGUUGUUCUCAGAAGACUAAGUGCAGUUGACGCAGACACCGAUCAAAAUGCCCAGGUGAGCUACUCAAUUCUCGAAAUUAACAGUAAUUCAUUGCCUUUAUCUACAAUGGUAAAUAUCAACUCAGAGACUGGAGAUAUAGUCAGUUUACAGUCUUUUAACUUUGAGGAGUUAAAAACGUUUCAGUUUAAAGUUCAGGCCACAGACUCUGGUGUUCCUCCGCUCAGCAGCAACGUGACCGUCAAUGUUUUUAUUCUGGAUGAAAAUGACAAUAAUCCAGCUGUUCUGGCGCCCUAUUCUGAGCACGGCUCCGUUAACAGUGAGAGCAUCCCCUAUUCUGCUGAAGCGGGAUACUUUGUGGCAAAGAUCAGGGCUGUAGACGCAGACUCUGGAUACAAUGCGCUGCUUUCUUAUCACCUGUCUGAACCCAAAGGAAACAACCUCUUCCGGAUCGGAACCAGCACCGGGGAGAUCAGGACUAAGAGGAGAAUGAGUGACAAUGACCUGAAAACUCACCCUUUGGUGGUGUUGGUUUCUGAUAACGGAGAACCCUCCCUGUCAGCUACUGUGUCUAUUGAUGUGGUGGUGGUUGAAAGCACAGCUGACAUCCAGACUCAGUUCAGACAUGUUCCUGUGAAGGAGGACAGCUUCUCUGAUUUAAACCUGUAUCUGCUGAUCGCCAUUGUGUCGGUGUCAGCGAUCUUUCUACUGAGCCUCAUCAGUUUAAUAGCUGUCAAAUGUCACAGGACAGACGGCAGUUUCAGCAGGUACAGCGCCCCAAUGAUCACCACCCACCCUGAUGGGAGCUGGUCUUACUCUAAAGCUACUCAGCAGUAUGACGUGUGUUUCAGCUCAGACACACUCAAGAGUGACAUGGUGGUUUUCCCCGCGCAGUUUCCACCUGUAGAUGGGGAGCUGAUCAGUAUUAACGGAGGGGACACUUAUACCAGGACUCAGACUUUACCCAAUAAAGAAAAGGUAAGACCAUAA